CACAGUCAGCACUCAGGCUGACUGUGGUCAUUAUUAUCAUUUCCUAUACAGGAGUGAGGGAUCCCUCAGGUCUCCGGAUGCCCUCCGGCCCGCGGCCAUCCAACCUGCUAGCCACCACAUCACAUGAGCCUUACUAUCUUUAGUCAGGGAGAUAUUUAUAUCCCCGGGAAGAUUUUUCCGCCACGGGAGAACCCCAGAGUAGGUGGCCGCGGAAUUCGGGCCCCCAGCGGCGGCCUCCCGGCCUCCGCCCCUCCAGCUGGCCAUGCCGCGGGGCUCGGACGCGCCGGUGCAGGUGUGGGUGGACGGCCAGCUUUUCCAGGCUGACCAGGCCCUGCUGGUGGAGCACUGCGGCUUUUUCCGCGGCCUCUUCCGCUCCGGCAUGCGGGAGGCGCGCGCGGCCGAGGUCCGCCUGGGCGCACUGCGCCCGGGCGGGUUCCGCACUACGCUGCAGGUGCUGCGCGGCGAGCGGCCCGCGCUGGCGGCCGCCGACGAGCUGCUGCAGACGGUGGAGUGCGCCGCCUUCCUGCAGGUGCCGGCGCUGGCGCGCUUCCUGGAGCACAGCCUCACGUCCGACAACUGCGCGUUGCUGUGCGACGCGGCCUCGGCGUUCGGCCUGCGCGACGUGUUCCACAGCGCCGCGCUCUUCAUCCGCGACGGCGCGCAGGAGCUGGCGGCCGAGCUGGCGCUGCCAGAGACCCGCGCCUACGUGGCGGCGCUGCGGCCCAGCAGCUACGUGGCCCUGAGCACGCACACACCCGCGCCCGGCUUCCUGGAGGACGAGUCGCGCACGAUGUGCUACCUGGACGAGGAGCAGGACACGUGGCACACGCUGGCCGCGCUGCCCCUGGAGGCCAGCACGCUGCUGGCAGGCGUGGCCACGCUGGGCAACAAGCUCUACAUCGUCGGGGGGGUACGGGGCGCCAGCAAGGAGGUGGUGGAACUGGGCUUCUGCUACGACCCCGACGGCGGCACGUGGUGCGAGUUCCCCAGCCCGCACCAGCCGCGCUACGACACGGCGCUGGCCGGCUUCGACGGCUGCCUGUACGCCAUCGGCGGCGAGUUCCAGAGGAUGCCCAUGAGCUCCGUGGAGCGCUACGACCCUGCCGCGGGCUGUUGGAGCUUCGUGGCCGACCUGCCGCAGCCAGCUGCCGGCGUGCCCCGUGCCCAGGCCUGUGGUCGUCUCUUUGUGUGUCUGUGGCGGCCGGCCGACACUACGGCCGUGGUGGAAUACAUGGUGCGGGCCGACGCGUGGCAGCCGGUGGCUGAGCUGCGGCGCCCACAGAGUUACGGCCACUGCAUGGUGGCCCACCGCGACAGUCUCUAUGUGGUGCGCAACGGACCGUCCGAUGACUUCCUACACUGCGCCAUCGACUGCCUCAACCUGGCCACGGGCCAGUGGACAGCGCUGCCCGGCCAGUUCGUCAACAGCAAGGGAGCGCUGUUCACGGCAGUGGUGCGCGGCGACACUGUCUAUACCGUCAAUCGCAUGUUCACACUGCUCUAUGCCAUCGAGGGCAGCACUUGGCGGCUGCUCAGGGAAAAAGCUGGCUUCCCACGGCCUGGCUCCUUGCAGACCUUUCUCCUGAGGCUGCCUCCCGGGGACCCGGGGCCUGUGGCUUCCACAACACCUGAACUGUGACCUCUGGGCUGGGCUUUUGGAGUGGACAAACUGAGUCUUCCCUGAGCCAUGGCUGAGUCUAUGAGGCUGGCCUUAGGAGUGGUGGGGAGUUUUUCUCUCCCUGGUGAAACAUCUGGAGCUUGUGUCUUCUGGUGGGGUGAACAUAUCCUAGAAACUUGGACCAGUGAUGAUGCUGAGCUCUGAGCCCUCAAAUUACUUGGGCUCUGCUGAGAGUUGGCGGGUCACAGUGUCAGUGGAAAGGGUUAAGGGAUAGGAUUUGAAUAAUCUAGGUGUCCGUGUGAAUGGGCGAGUAAUUGAACAUGGCUAGGAGUGGGUUAAGUGAUGUUAAUCUAACUUCCAAUCGGUGGGCAAGAAUUAGGCACCAACUGUGUGCCCAGCACAGUACUAGUCCUAGUAUGGUCUGUAGUUGCCAGACAGGGAUCCACAAAGCUUAGAGUCUAACCCAGAAAAACUCAACAUUAACAGAGCAGUUACAGGACAACAAAAGAUUUACAUGUCUUGAUCUACAAAGGGUUGAAGGCAACAUACAAAAAACAAUGGAAGUACUGAAGAAAUCAAGGCAAAGGGAAAAUAGGGAGCGGAAAAAUACAUAAUUCCAGGAAAAGAGUAUACUAAACUAUAUGAAGAAGACAGGCAGAAUAAUUAGCUGCUGAAGGGAGGUUGACAUGGCUGAGAAAGAUCAGAGGAGGAGAGAUGGGGGAAGGCUGAAGCAGAUGGGAAGAGUCUGUGAAUCCAGCCUUUAAGGCAGAGUAGCUGUGGAUGGAGGCAUUUGGGGAGGGGGCAAAGUUGGGCUGGCUUGUAGAGACUGACUGAGCUGAACCUAGAGUGAGAUCUGUGAGAGAGAAAGGGUUCCCAUCCCUCUUUAUGGGGUGUGGACCUGCAGGGGAGAACCCAGUUGAAAGCCCCUUUCCCACUUCCUUUUUUGCCAUCCCCCAAGGGGCAGUGGACUAUUAACUUCCAUGACUUAAGGUCACUCAAGGUAUGAGGCAAUCCUGGCCAGGUCUAGCUGCCUCAUCUUACCUUCCCCCACAUUCUACAACUUAAUUCUCUUCUCCUAGUCUCUGCUCCUGCUGUUCUCUGGGCCUGGAAUUUCUUUCCUCUUUCUGUCUUUCUAUUGGCUCUGCACCCCCCUCCUUUGUGCAGGGUUGGCUAUUUCUGACCUUGGCUGCCUGCAUUGCUUAUUGGACCCCUGAUUGACAUCGUUCUCUGUGUGCAGCCAUGCAUGUAUACAGAUAGCAAGGGCAGAGAUCUUGUUGUGCUGUCAUCUGAGUUGGGGCACUUUCCUGCCUACAGAAUAAUUCGAUGAAGACCUGAAAGAACCCAGGCUAUAGAGGCCACUAGUUAGGGACCUGGUGUUAGAUGAAGACUCUUGCCCCUCCUUUAGAAUACCCCCACCCUGGUUCCUGGUUGGACGCCCAGCCCCGUCCUCCAUCCUUUCCAGGCUCCUGGGCAGACUUCUCUGAGUGGUCCUGAAGGGUCUCCAUCCUCCAUGACCUGAUGCCCAUGGGAAAUGCUGGCCUCAACAAGUGGAGAUGGAACAUCAGCUUGGCACCUCCUAGAGGUUAGUGUCAGGGCUUCCCCUAGCUGCCUUUGUCCCAGACCUAUGUCCCAAACCUUGGAGAACACUGCCCUCAGAAACCUGGGAUCUUCUAGCCCUGGAGUAGCUUAAUCUGACGAGUCACAACAAUAAAUCCUGAUUUUUGCAUCCUGUGAAUGGUGUGCAAAAUACUUUUCACGCUUGUCUUUCUACUGCAGCCCUACUUAGUCCUGGGAGUUGGGUACCUCCUCUCCCUGUGGUAGAUGAGAUGUGGAGGCUCAGAGGCUGAAUGACCCAAAGCCACUGGCCCAUGUAACAGUAUGGCACAGUCCUCACUUUUUGGUCCUGUCAAAGUAUAAUUUUUAUCACAUGUCAAAGAUUUAUUUAACUCGUUA